AAGUUGAUAGCUAGUAACUGCUUCAUUACACAAUACCCCCGCCGUACACCACCUGCCGCAUACUACUUGGACUAGGAUUCUUGCUGCAACUUUAUCGCCUGGAAAUUCUUUGAAAAGUAAUGCUACAAUUGGGAUUGAGUUAGUGCUGUUCAAGCAAUUCACAUGGUAGGUUCGUCAACUUUUAUGGUAGGGGUGUGCUAGGUUUCGAACGAGCUGGUUUGAAAACAAAAGAUUCCAGAGAUUCUGGUGUUAUACGGCUUAAAUUUCGUAGUCUGUAGGAAUUAAUCGGAUGCGUUAUCUGCGCCCUACACAGGGUUCCUUCAUGCUGCUCUUGAUCUGUACGUGUAGAACGGAGACCAAGAACCUUCCUUUCCAAGGGUGCUGGAGUGAUUUGGAGUGUGGACUAAAUCUUCUUCAGUGGUGAUUGUAGGAACCCCUUCCUAGCCCUUGACUCACUUUCUCUGAUCCUUCUGUUCAGACUGAACAGCACAUGAACACCGUGUAGUGACGACUGCAGGGAAGUACGAGAGGCACAGUUAUAAGCAUGAAUGAAACAGCACUUCACUAAACUAUCCUUGUAUUUGGUUGUGCUGGUGUUUCCUCUUUCUUCAUCUGAGGGUUUCAUCUAGGCAGCUUAGAGCAGUGAAUAUUAUUAAGAGAUUGUAGCUCCACUUGCACUGAAGUUCCUACACAUUCACUCAAAAGAAGCUCGGGAUUAGUAUGAGCAGAACGGUGGUUUUGUCGGAAUAGUCGUCUGAGUCGACUAGUUCCUGUGUGACGCCUCUUUGGGAAUGAAGACUAUACAUGUAACUAUUGUGAAUUUUUAUCAGUACUACAACGAUUCCUCAGAUUCAGUUCCUGGUCUCGGCCGCAAGGUCAUUGAAACUGGGUGAUAGAUUCUUUCCGAUCUGAGACUUGUGCGCAGUGCAGUAACUGUUUGUUAGUGUCGAGAGUUCACCUAGUAUUGACCAUCGACCACUUGCGGAUUGGUUUUCUCGGAGGCUCACUCUCAACAAUUCAUUUCACUUUGGAGUGACAGCCUUUCCAAUUUUUUAUCGCGUCCGGUAUGAUUGUGUAAUUUUUGUCAUUCUGGAACAUUGAGCCACAUCUCUCCAUUCGACAACACUCUGAGACUGUUGGUUGCAGUAUCACCCCUAGUUACUUCCUCCAACAAAAUUUAAUUUAGGGUUAGGUUUUGACGAACUCCAGCAGGAUGCAUCGAAACAAAGUCUACGGUCAUGCAGAAUGGGCCAAGCACAAGUCAUCUUGGAGACAUGGUCGCCACCUCAUGAGUAUUUUAUCUUCAGGAGUGAUUUCUGCCGUGGGUCCUCCUGUGUUAGCCUGCACUUUACUCGCUACUUUCGUGACCGUCUUCAACUAUUUUGUGAAAGUUGGGCGGUUACCGAAUUGGAUCCCAAUCUUAGAGGUGUCGUCCCUUCCUUUCACUCUGACAUCAUCAGUGCUAUCACUUCUUCUAGUCUUUCGAACAAACUCUUCCUACAACAGGUUUGAUGAAGCACGCAAGAUCUGGGGAUCAAAUGUGAACCGAACCAGGGAUCUGGCACGACAAGCUCUGUCAUGGAUCCGGAGCCCGGCAGACGCAUACAAGCUAUCGUGUCUUCUGCGACACAUCAAGGCCUAUCCAUUCAGCCUGAAAGACCAUCUUACGGAAGACUUCAUCCUCAAGGACGAGCUCGACCAAAUCCUCGAACCACAGGAACUGGAGGCGCUCAUGGCUACCAAGCACAGACCGAACUACAUCCUGCAGGUUCUCUCGGAGCUCGUCGACAAGUGCAACCUCUCAGAGUGGGAAAAAAUGGCAAUGGACGAAAACAUUACAACAUUUCACGACAAUGUGGGUGCUUGUGAGCGGAUUCUGAAGACACCGAUCCCACUAGCAUACACGCUAGUCACGUCCAGGUUUCUGAUUCUGUGGCAUCUAGUUCUACCCUUCGCGCUCUGGGCAACAUGCCACUGGCUCACCAUACCUGUCACAUUUUUGACCGCUACGGCCCUGUUCUACAUCGAAGAAGUGGGAGUUCUGAUCGAAGAGCCUUUCUGGAUUCUGCCACUGUUGUCGAUAAGCGACGGCAUUGUGGCAGCACUAGACGGAUUAGCUGCGGCGCACAAGACGUCCUCGCUGUUGUGGAGACUUCAUCAGCCUAAUAAAGACCAUGUUGUGCAGAUCACGUUUGAAACUUCGAGAUCUGAUGGGUUUCGCAAGAGCCGCGACGUGGGUCACGUUUUGUUAACGAGAAUGAACUCCAUUGCCUGAGGAUUCUUUCAAUGUACACUAGAAAUACAGAACUAGAAAAUCCUCCCAUUUUUCUGAUUCUGAGACCUCUUGAUACCACCAAAGCAUUAAAUUAUCAUGCCUUGAUAUGGUAAGACUCCGCUUCUAGGUUUCGAGUUUUCUCUUCGGCACAUUCUGAUCUAUUCUAAUUGUAUACAUUUGCACAAUUCUGCAAUGCAAGGCUUCACUUCAAACUGAGCUCAUUUGUUCCA